AUGUACACGAUCGCUAUACUGAGCUUACUGAUCGCCGGCCUGCUCUACUAUGUCCUUCAGCACAAGCCAUCGCGGUGCCCGGAUGGCAGUCGACCACUUCCUGGACCACCGGGAGUUCCCAUCUUGGGUGUACUGCCAGAGAUACCGCCGUCGCAUAGCUGGUUCAAGUUCCAAGAAUGGAGCAAGCAGUACGGUCCACUGUACAGGAUGAACAUAGCUAGCCGGAAUCAUGUCGUUGUCUCGACCGAGGACAUUGCGAACGACCUUCUUCGAGAACGGGGCACAAUAUAUAGCGACCGAGAACAGCUUCCCAUGGCUGCACAGCUGGUUGGUGGUAAUUUGAGGCCACUGUUUCUACCUUACGGAGAGACAUGGCGGAACGUCCGCAAGACAAUGCACAGUCUGACCAAUGUCAAAGUCGCAACAAGCUACGAGCCUCUGCAGGAAGAAGAAAGUCUUCGCAUGCUUCGAGACCUCGGGCGGGCACCAGAAAAGUACGAGACAUGGCUUGAACGUUAUUCAGCAGGUUUGAUUCUCCGUCUCGCAUAUUCCAAGCCCAUUGCUACUGGCGAGGAGCCCUUUGUCCGACGGAUUUUGGGCGUGGUACACAACUUAGAGCGCGUGGCAAGUCCUGGCGCCUAUCUUGUCGAUACUAUACCAGCGCUCAUGAAUCUGCCAGUAUUCCUUGCACCCUUCAAGCGCGAGGGUGCCCGCCUACAUGCCGAAGAACUAGAUCUGUUCCGGGGUCUGCUUCAAGAAGGCAUCGAGAACUCCAAGCAGGCCAGUGAUCCUGCCGCAGCCAACUUCUGCGGCAAGUGGCAUGAAAACAAAGAUAACUUCAACAUCUCCGCUGAUCAUGCCGCUUAUACGAUCGGUACCUUGUUCGAAGCUGGCGCCGGUACGACUGCCGCUACGAUGAUGUCGUUCAUGCUUGCUAUGACUCUUCACCCAGCAGAGUUCAAAGCACUCCAGGCAGAACUCGACCGCGUGGUUGGCCCUGACCGCCUCCCAUCCUUCUCCGACAUGCCAGACCUUCCUCGCGUCCGUGCUAUCGCUAAGGAGACCCUCCGAUGGCGUCCGGUCACCGCAGGCGGACUACCACAUCAGCUUACGAAAGACGACGUCUAUAAGCUCAACGGCGAAUCGUAUUUCCUGCCCGCCGGCACAAACGUGCACCCUGUGCAGUGGUCAAUUCACCGCGAGGAAGCUCGCUACCCAGAUCCAGACAGCUUUCGAUCCGAGCGCUGGCUUGAACCCGGAUGGCCCACGUACAAGGAGCCGCUCGAUCACAACAGCAGCAUGAAUUCAUGGAAGAUCGGGACAGCGAUUCGCGACCUACCAGGCCAACUGCCACCAGACAAUGUUCCUCGUGAUGUCGACCUCGGCGACUUCCCUGCUCGUGCCGCCUCUGUACUUGGGUGUCUUGAAGAGCGUCACUUGACUUCAUCGGCGCUAUGGAUGGACAUGUGUGCCAAAACGAACCACCUGAAGACGCACAGCAAGGAUGUCGCGAGAGCGUGGAGAAAUUCCAAGCAGAUCUACGACAUCGAGGCUUCUUCCGCAAGUAUAAUUCGUCUACAAGGCACGUCCUGGAUCCAGAUUAGCCACACGUUCAAAGUCAAGCAUCGGCAGCUUACUGGUCGAGGCUCUGGAAUUGUGGGAUUUGCCCUGGCCGGAAACAGUAAACAGUGGCGGAUUUUCAUGCUGACGACGGUGCUCGAGUACUACGAGGGUCAUGGCAAUCCUGAUGUGCCCUUGAAGGCAGGAAGCGACUUUCAUGGCCACAUACCGCCCGACCAUGAUGGUGGGCAGCAGAACUCGAGACCAGAUACAACAAAGCACUAUACAGUCGCCAUCAUUGGCGGAGGUCAAAGCGGUCUUGCUGUGGCAGCUCGCUUGCAGGCAUUGGGAAUCGACUACGUCGUGUUCGAAAGAAGCCACAUGCCAGGCCAUCGAUGGGUCAGCCGGUACGACAGCGUAAGACAACAUUCCAUUCGUGAGCUCAACAACUUGCCCUUCGGCAGCACGUGGGACCCAAACGAGGAAGAGCAUCUCCUAGGGGCUAGAGUCGCAGAAGGUUACCAAAGACAUGUCAAGAAACACCGCAUUAACAUACGUACCAACACAGAGGUGACACGCAUGGCCCGAGCAGGUCAGAGAUGGGAGCUUUUGGCGAAUGGGCAGAAGCUCGAGGCAACACAUGUUGUCUUUGCUGUAGGCUCCGGGCUCAACAUUCCGAGGUGGCCCAACUGGAAUGCUCAGGAGCGCUUCAAGGGCACGAUUAUGCACAUGUCUGACUUCAAGAACAGCAAGGCGUGGAAGGGCAAGCGUGCUGUAGUCGUUGGUGCCGGAACAUCAGCUCACGAUAUUGCUCAAGACAUGCUGGACAACGGUCUGGACGUGACAAUGAUCCAGCGUGGCCAAACCGCGGUCUAUCCUAUCGACUGGUACGCCAAUCUGUCAAGAAAGAUGUACGUUGCUGGCAUUCCGAACGAAGGCCCCGAUCGCGUUGCAUUCGCGAUUCCUACCAAAAUCGCUGGCGAGAUCCAACGAAAGAACUACCAGACACUGCUCGUAAAAGAGCGCAAGUUCUUCAAUGACCUGGAAAAGGUUGGGUUCCGGACAGACCUGGACGAGAGCGAGGACCGAACCCCAAUCGAAUCCGUCCUCAAUCGCUUCGGCGCGUACUACAUAGACAUCGGCACCAGCAAACACAUCAUCAACGGCGACAUCAAGCUCGUCAAUGGCACACUGGAGCGUUUUACCGAACAUGGGGUCGUUGUGGACGGCAAGGAAAUACCUGCAGAUGUCGUGCUGGCUGCCACGGGCUUCGAGCCGGAUAUGAGAAAGGACCUCGAGCCUGUGAUGGGUCCGGCGGCCAGGGACCUGCCAAUCGUGUGGGGUCUGACGGAGGAAGGAGAUAUCAGAGGCAUGGCAGAAGAGCUUUCGCCCGGACUCUGGCUGAUGGGAGGAGCUGCUGCGCACUCGCGGUUCUACUCGAGGUUCGUGGCGCUGAAAAUACAGGAGCAGAUAUUGAGACGGGACUCACACAUGUGA